GCGGAUACAUGGCUCUUGGGAAGAGAAAGAAAAGAUGGUGGAUAUGAUCCCGAGGUUUUGGAAGUUGCAGAAGAAAUAGUAAGGGUUGUAAUAAUUUUAUGAAUAUGAACAUGCAUCUUUUAGUAAAAAUUUUCCCAGUGUACUGAGGUCAAUUAAUUGACUCGUUUUAUGCUCUUUUUAGAAUAAAAAAAUGUUGUUUGACACAACUUGGUAAUGCUCUAGUAAUGCUCUGAUGUAACAUGUUUGUUUGUGUAGAAGGAGCUCAAAAAUAAGGUGAAGGAAGGGUCAUUUGUGCCUCGUGGAGACGAUGAUGUGCUCUCAGUUGCUCUUCAGAAAAAACCAAAUGGCAGUAGAGUACAGGGGUUGGGGCACUUCAUUACCCCAACACGAUACUUUUACACGCCAAAGGCAACCAAAACCGAGAAGGACAAAGCACAAGACGUAUGUGAUAGAAGGUAUGAAAUGAUGUUGCAGAAGUUUAGUGAAAUGAAAGAUCAUGUGUCCAAUGCUUUUAGUGAAAUUGGUAGUUGCAGCAAUGCCAAUAAAUCUCAGAAAAGAAAGGCUGGUGAUGACGUUGAGCAGUCGAUACUUAGUCCUUUGAAGGAACGCUGCAGUGCUCCUAGAAAAUCUCCCAGGUUGAAGUUGAAACAUGCUGAAAUGGAGGGUAAUAAUGAACAACCCGAGGGUGAGAGUCAUGGAAUGCAGAAGGUAUGUACAACUACAUCUCUAAGUGAAUGUUUAAUGGAGGCUGAUGGAGGGGACAUGCCAGUCCAGUUUGGUACUUCUGCUGCCAUAGCAAUACCAAAGAGGGCAUCACACCAAGCGGUUACUAGGAGGUCACAAUACAUAGCUGAUCUUUUGGAUAUUUCCUUGCUUGGACAAAUGACUUUAAUCCCCUAUAAUACCGGG